AUGAACGAAGGGGUACAAUUUGAUGAUGAAAGGAAAGCGGAAACGAAGGUGGCACAGACGAGCCUCAGCAAAGAGCAGCAGACUAGUUCAGAAAACGACGAUGAUGACUUAGUGAGAGCAGCAAGUCCAGGAAAUGGAGGCGAUCAAAAUGAUGAGAGUGUGGAAACGGCGGGAAGUAUGUCGGAAUAUGGCAAAAGAGAACCGCUGUCACUCCAGCGGCAGUCGCAUGAUCAGAUUAAGAGCUCAAAUGAUAGUGGAAAAUCGAGGGAAACAACAGAUCAGGAUGUAGUUAGUAAAGACGAGAAACUGGUGAUUGACACCUCGCACAAUCUACUAAGCCCUGUCAGUUCUCCUGUGCCUUACAAAUUCACGCAGAUAUCUGUGAGAGAUAUAUCCGAGUUGAAGUCACUGGAGACUAAAGAGGAGUCGUUGCUGUUUACGGACGAUCGGGAUUACUGGCCGUCACCAGUGGCAGUGCGACAUUUUCGCGAGCAUAGCGACGCGAGUACACAUGUUCGUCAGGAUCGAUUUUCCAUCGAUAACUCUUGCUUUGAUCUGGGAAAUUACUCCACAGAAGCAUCUCUGGCCGGAACACCGAUCGAAAAGGUCUUCCCGAAAGACGUAUUCUCACCGUCCUCGAUCGGUGACCUUAUACGAAAACGGUUCAAUGAGCGGUCUAUGUCGGCUGAUCUGCUAGAAGACACCACCUUGGGAAGCAGUAACGUUAGCGUGCGCGCUGACGAUGACACCUCAUCGCCAGAUGUGACAUCACCACCGAAUAGCGAUGUUUCCAAAAGUGGACAUGUCACCUUCAGCAUGGAUAAUGUGGAAUCGGAUAGCACUUCGCUAAGCCCCGUGUCAAGCACUGAUCUGGAAUCCCCUAUAGGUCCUAUUGCGGCAUCGAGCCCCCGACCCCAGGUCUUAUCCCUGAGUUCCGACAGGCACUCAAUUGGACUUCAAGAAUCUCCUGCUCAUAGUCCUGUGCAGCAUUUGCUACGCUCCUCCGUGAAACUAACACCGAAUCAAUCCAUGGAUGAAAUGAAAAAUCCCAUGUCUGCAACCGAUGCGGCCUCCACUUUAGCUCCGAGCAGCCAACACAAAAGAGAAAUGUCAACAAAGAAGUCUGGGCGACGCUUCGGGAACUUACGAGUGAUUGAGGUACUACGAGUUCGUCUCCGGUGCGUACGAGGAGUUCGUGUGGCACGACCUCUUUACGUCAUUGCAAAACUAGAUGCACGUGACAUCCAUCACUCGGGAGCGUUACAUUUCCACGACAGCCCAUCGUAUUUGGACGAAUUCUGCUUUGAGGGGUCUGUGCCGUUUACGAACUUGCAUUUGGUGGUUCUUGAAGGAUCUCGAGCGCCUGGAAAAGCUCCUCGCCCGAUAGGACGUGUAACAUUGCGUCGUGCAGAGGUAGUGAAUCACUCCGGUCGUGAAUUGUCGUUGCCUCUUCGAGUGGUGAGCAAAAGUCGUGAAGUGACGGGACAAAUCUGUAUCGACAUCCGUAGGCAAGGUCCAACGUUCGGGAUCAGGGUCGUGGAUCACUCUGGCCUCAAUCUGAAGGAACCGAGCGAGCUGUAUUUGUUGGUUUCACGUCACCCGUCGAAGGAGACAAAGAAACUACGGAUUUGUUCGCCCGGGCACAGUAGUGAAUGGUUGGAAAUGGGAUGUGAUGAAGCCGGGCCUCUUGCGUUACGGAUGAGUCUCUGGCAAGAACUGUUGCGCGGUCUCAGUAGCGCGUUUCACGGACAAAUACGUGUGGAUGUCGAUGAACGAUGGACAAACGGGCCAUCUAAGUGGUUUUACCUUCGUCCUCGUCACAGUGAUCAGUACGACGGAAACAAGGGAAAUUCGCAGAAGGAGUCGUUGGGCGACGUGAAACUGUGGAUGUCCUAUACAGCAGAUCACGUUCUUCCGAUUGAGAACUACAGUUACUUAAUGACGUCUAUCGCUGCUUCGCCGAAUGUAAAACCGUUUUCCGCUUCCUUAAUCUCAUUGUUAGAGCAUUUACCUAGGGUGGAUCUCGGGCAUAUUGCAAGGCCAAUUGUACAGGCAAUGGCGAGUACUCGUGAGUUACGCCCACUGCUAAACGCAUUGUAUGCAGCAGACAUUGAGCGAUGCCAAGACCUCAACACGCUGUUUCGCAGCCAUACAUUGGCCAGUAAAAUGCUGUAUGAGCUAUUAAAAAUUUAUGGACAUUCCUAUCUUCUGAUCUCUUUGAAGCCGGUGAUUGACAAAGUAUUUAAGGAGAGGCGUUGUUGUGAAAUUGAUCCAAGUCGUCUACCUCAAGGUGAAUCGCUCGAGAAGAAUAUGGCAACGCUACUUUCGUAUUUUGCCCUAGUUUUUGGUCGUGUAGUCGAAUCAGCGCCACGAUGUCCUCCGCCAAUACGUACUGUCCUGUCGGACUUGAGAAUGGUUGUGCGUGAGAAAACAGGACGCGUAGACGUUGAACUGCUUGCUCUGUCGUCAUUUCUCAUCAUGCGAUUUUUUGCCGCUGCCGUUCUCAGCCCAAAGUCUUUCGGAAUUAAACAUGAACAACCGGAACCACGAGUCGCUAGGACGCUAGUUUUAUUGUCGAAAAUGUUGCAACGAGUCGCGAACUGUUGUGUUAGUUUACAUCCACUGACCACGAAGGAGCCGUGGUUAUCGGCUGUACUCGGAAAAGUUGCGGAUGAUGUACAUCGACAAGCGAUGAGCAGUUUUUUGGAUCGUGUAUCACUACAAACCAAUGAAGCUCUGGUACCGAAUAAGAGCACAACUGUACUGAAAGAAGGGUGCCUUGUCGAAUGCCGAUCAAGAUCUCGUCCAUCUUGGCGGCCUGUUUUGCUGCAGAAACGUCGUUGUGUCGUGUUAACUGAUUCCGAGCUGAUUUGGCAUAAGUCUCAAGAAGACGCAGUACCGAAAGGCUCUAUAUCGCUGUCUGAUAUUCGUUCCGUCACAUCAGAUCAGAAGAAUUCGCUUAUUAUCAAGAGCGACGGCCGACAAGUGGUACUUCAGGCUUCAGGAUCUGCGGAAGCUUCGGACUGGCUUUCCGCGAUCGAGCGACAACGAUCACGAUUGAAGAGGAGGACGACCAGAGGAGAUCUGAGGGAUUUGUACGAAGGUGACAUCGAACGAGAAAUGGAAUCGUUGCAUGUCCUACUGGCAGAAAACACGGAAACGUUGGCACAUUGGCGUGUUCAUUUAGAAUCCGAAGAGCCUCUACCUGAGCAUUGUCCACCAUUGCCAAAGUCCCUUGACGGGAGUAUAUAUGAGGGAGCUGAACGUAUGGCCCACCGUAAAACUUUGUCGCAAACAAUCGCAGCUACAAUUGCAGCAACACAUGAACUCGAAAAGCGACACGAAGAAUCAGUCGCCGUGUACAUCAAGCAGAUGAAUCAAGGACCCGGCACGAGAGAGAAUCCAAUUGGUGAAGAUAACUACUUGUUGCUGAAACGAAAUCUUCGGACAGAAUAA